UCCAUCUUUCAUGGCGGAGAAGUAGAACAAUUGCAAACAGAAAGAAACCCUAAAAUUUCGAAAAUGGAGGAAUCGAAGCAGCAGCAGUUGCAACAACAACAACUCAUACUUCAAAUGCAACAGCAACAACAAAUGCAACAGCGUCAACAACAGCUCUUUCUGAUGCAGCAUUUGCAGAAACAGCAGCAACAGGCGGCGAUGUCGAGGUUUCCGCCGAACGUCGACGCUCAUCUCCGGCCACCGGGUUUGAUUCCGAACCGACCCGUUAACCCGUUUCUUCAGAACGCUAACCCUAACCCUAAUUUGAUUCAACAAGCCAAUAAAUUUCAGCAACAGCAACAGAUGAUGAUGAUGAUGCAACAGCAACAACAGCAGAAAUUGAUGCGUCCAUCGAAUCAAUUAGAGAUACAAUUCGCUUACCAAGACGCUUGGCGUGUUUGCCAUCCUGAUUUCAAGCGACCUUUCGCUUCUCUCGAAGACGCUUGUGAAAGAUUGUUACCUUAUCACGUCGUAGCAGAUUACGAAGCAGAAGAAGAUGAUAGUAUCCUCGAUUCAGACACAACAAACCAGGCGUUACCCCGCUGUCAGCUAUGGGAUAACAACAUUGCAGCCAAAGUCGCAGAAUUCACGGCGACAUUUGAGGAACAAGUCCAAGCUUUCAACAGGAUAACUCAAAAGAGAAGGGAUGGAGUCAGAGCUGAGGAAAUGCUUAUGAUGGAACAAUUUUUGCUCCAAGACGAGAGAAACGCAUGUAUUGAACUGGAUAGGGAGAUGAAAGCUCAGGAGGCAAGGUUUAGAAUGGCGGCUUUGGCUCAAGCAGCAGGACAAGCAAGGGCAGCAGAUUCUCAACAAUCUCAUGCCGAGAUGAUGGCUCGUAACCCGUUGAGAGCUAAUGCGAUUGGGAAUCGUGGAGAACAAGGGCGUAACAUGAACCCUAAUGAGAUGAUGAUGCUGAUGAAUGGAUGGGGGAACAAUAACAACAACAAUAAUAGCCAGAAAGAAGAGAAGGAACCACUAGAAGAUUUCUUGAAUGAUGAAGAAAAUGAUAAUGGGGAACAUGAGAACUGGCGACGAACUGGGGAUUUUGAUUUGAAUACUCGAACAAGAAAGAUGAAGAGAGGACAUGGAGAAACAUGGGAUCCACCACCAGCUUCUCGUUCCGGAGAAGGUCCUUCAAUGGCGGAUAAGAAGAAGGUUGCUGAUGACAACAACAACAACAACAACAUGGAUGAUGAGCUUCUUGCUGUUCUUGGAUACAAGGUUCGAUCUUCUGAGAUGGCAGAAGUAGCACAGAAGCUUGAGCAACUUGAGAUGGUCUUGUCUAAUGAUGAUGUUGGUUCCACUGUCUUAAACGACACUGUUCAUUAUAACCCAUCCGAUCUCUCUACAUGGGUCGAGAGCAUGCUCUCCGAGCUGAACAACCCGGCUUCUUCGGAUCUUGACCCGACCCGAAGUUGUGUGGAUAGAUCCGAAUACGAUCUGAGAGCAAUUCCGGGUCGUUCUGCGUUUCCAAAGGAGGAAGAAGUCUUUGACGAGGAAGCUAGCAGCAAGAGGAUCCGACUCGGAUCCUGGUGCGAAUCGGCGGGUGAGUCAACUCGGUCUGUGGUGCUCGUUGACUCUCAGGAGACCGGAGUUAGACUCGUCCACGCGCUGGUGGCGUGCGCUGAAGCGAUUCAGCAGGAGAAUCUCAACUUAGCCGACGCGCUUGUGAAACGAGUGGGAACACUCGCCGCUGCUCAAGCUGGAGCUAUGGGAAAAGUCGCUACUUAUUUUGCUCAAGCCUUGGCUCGUCGUAUUUACCGUGAUUACACGGCGGAGACGGACGUCUCAGGCGGAUCCUUGGAAGAAGUUUUGCAGAUGCACUUCUACGAUUCUUGCCCUUACCUGAAAUUCGCUCAUUUCACGGCGAACCAAGCGAUUCUAGAAGCUGUCACGACGGCGCGUAGAGUUCACGUCAUCGAUUUAGGGCUUAAUCAAGGGAUGCAAUGGCCUGCUUUAAUGCAAGCUUUAGCUCUCCGACCCGGUGGACCACCGUCGUUUCGUCUCACCGGAAUCGGACCACCGCAGACGGAGAAUUCAGAUUCGCUUCAACAAUUAGGUUGGAAAUUAGCUCAAUUCGCUCAGAACAUGGGCGUUGAAUUCGAAUUCAAAGGUUUAGCCGCUGAGAGUUUAUCGGAUCUAGAACCGGAAAUGUUCGAAACCCGACCCGAUUCUGAAACAUUAGUGGUUAAUUCGGUUUUUGAGCUCCACCGGUUAUUAGCCCGAUCCGGUUCAAUCGAAAAGCUUCUCAACACGGUUAAAGCUAUUAAACCGAGUAUUAUAACGGUGGUUGAGCAAGAAGCGAACCACAACGGAAUCGUCUUCCUCGAUAGGUUCAACGAAGCGCUUCAUUACUACUCGAGCUUGUUUGACUCGCUUGAAGACAGUUAUAGCUUACCGAGUCAAGACCGAGUUAUGUCUGAAGUGUACUUAGGGAGACAGAUACUUAACGUUGUCGCGGCGGAAGGAUCCGAUCGGGUCGAGCGACACGAGACGGUGGCACAGUGGAGGAUCCGGAUGAAAUCCGCUGGGUUUGACCCGGUUCAUCUCGGAUCUAGCGCGUUUAAACAAGCGAGCAUGCUUUUAUCGCUUUACGCUACCGGAGAUGGAUACAGAGUUGAAGAAAAUGACGGUUGUUUAAUGAUUGGGUGGCAGACGCGACCACUCAUCACAACCUCGGCGUGGAAACUCGCCGGAGGUGGCGAGUCGCGGCGGUAGAGAUGACUUGCAUGAAACCGGGAAAAUAAUAAAUGUUUUAAAAAAUUAGGAAAAGAGACCGUAACUUUAGUAUGUUUUUACUUUUUAACCCGAAGUUUUUGUGUGUUUAACUGUUUUUGCCUAAAUGUUUACAACUUUAUCUUUUUGGACCUUGUGCGUAUCUUUGAGAACGAGUAAAAUCUUGUAUCGUAGAUCGAGCUAAGUAGUUUUCAAUAAAUGUGGAAGGAUAAU